AUGGCCGAUGAACAAUCACAGAUGGACAGGAACAUGAAACAACUGGCGGAGAAGGUGGAGAAGAUAGGAAACGUACAGAACAACCUCGGGAGCAAAUACGAGGGACUGAGGAGAAGUGUGGAGGAAAUACAGAGGGUGGUCGGCCAACUGACGGAGAGAGUGGCGGGCUUAGAGGACGGGGCGGAGAGAAGGAGAGUGAGGAGCGACCUGAACCACAUGAAGACGAGGAUCGACGAGCUGUUCACGAUAGUGAAGGACGGGAAGGAGGACGACUCGCUGAGAGGAGACGAGCUGCGGGACGGAGAGUCGAGCCACUCGGGACUGUCGGGGUCCUCGAAGACUUUUGAAAGGUGA